GAAACGGUCAAGGCUGCCUUCAGAAAAGCAGCGCAGUUAUGGAGGGACGACACGUGCAUUGAUAUCAAAGAAUACGAAGAUUUUGGACCGGGUUUUCGUACUGUGAAUUUCCUUGACGUGGAAGAUGGAGACGGAUGCGUUUCGCAAGUUGGUAAACCAAACGAAGGUCCGCAACCUCUCACACUCGGCAAAGGCUGUGGAUCGGUAUGGGUUCAGAGCACUUUCCUUUAUUACACUCAAGUUAUUCACUACAAGAUACUGAAUAGUUCCCUCAAUUCGCAUUGA